AUGCAAAUGGAGGCUACAUGUUACAUGGCCACCUCAGAGGCCCCUAAGUCCCAAAAAGAGGCUAAGCCAGAUGCAGAGCCACUCUCAGAAAACCUGCCGCAGGAGGCCAAGUUCUUGGGGGCCAAGCCCAGGUCCGGAUCUGGGCCUGAGACCAAGGUUGAGUGGCUGGACUUCGUAGUGGCCACAGAAAGGGAGUUUCAGGAGGUACUGGCCAUCUCAGGGGGCAUCUAUGGUGGCCUCGACUAUCUUCCUAACCCCUGUUACAGCUGGCUCCAGGACCCCAGCCGCACCACGGUGCGGGCGAAGCGCCGUGGAGGAGUGAUCGCGCUGGAGAUGGUGCACUUGAUUGACUCCGAGACUGCGCUGGUGGAGGGGCUGCACUGGGCGCCCUGGGAGUGCGGCAAGGGCGUGACCAGACUGCUGCAGCGCUUCUGCUUGCAGCUGGUCAAACGACAGUACCCGGGGCUUAAGGUGGCGCGGCUUGCCCGGGAGGAGCCGCUGCGCCUCCGGGAGCUGAAGAAAUGCCUCCUAAUCAUCAAGCAGCUCAUUUGUGUCCCCCGCAGGGUAUGGUCAACGCUGCUGGCAGGUCUGGGCACGAGGCUGGCGGUGCUGCGGGCCUCUGGCACCUUCUCACUCCUGCUCACUGAGGCCCUGUCAGAGGCAGACAGUGACUUGACAAGCCUCCUGCUGUCGCCCUCCGUGCAGCGCAACAUGCUGUCAGGCGGGACCUUCAUCCAGGACUGGAAGCCCUACCAGACUAGCGAGAGCAUCCUGUGCCAGCUGGCGGCCAAGGGCCUGGAGUGGCGCAUGGACAGCCGCACCUGCCCAGGAGUCAUCACACUGUGCACACACCCUUUUCCCUUUCUGCACGGCUGCAAUGGCACGUGGUCCUGUCUCCGCAUAGAUGCCUUUGGCUGUGACUGUGCUCAGAUGCAGAGCCAGUUUCUGUGGCAUCUCCAACUCCAGGAACCGGGCCUCACCAGCCUCAACGUCAUAUGUCAGCUCUUCCUGGUGCUCCAAUUGUGGUCACAGCUGGCUUUUUUCUGCCAGGCGGGCUUGGGACUUGAGCUGGUCAAGGGUUACACUGAGCCGUAUCUGCUGGAGGCGGAUGUCUAAGGCCUCUACUAUCUGAGAAGCACUUUAGAUUCUCCCCCGCCCAACUCUAGAUCCCCAGAAAUCCCUGCUGCCCUCAUUUGCAAGCUCCACCCUCUACCCUGCUGCCUAUCGUUAUCUGCUCUAAGUCCCUCCUCCCCUGCCCCCCACCUCUCUGCCAUCUUGCCUCUAACACCCCCAAACCUGUGCCCAUGGCCUGAUCUGUAUUGCCCAGCUUGGGGGAGCCCUUUGCACUGCUAUUGCUCACCCCUUGCCCUUCCCAGCCAAAGAACUGGUUCCUUCACAGGCUUCAGAGCUUUUUCUUGUCCAUUGCGUGAGCCUGGGAGUGAACUCUGCCCUUCCUGGCUGUUCCUUUCUGCCUCCUCCUGGAGGGAAGUGGGCAGAAGUGUGUGCAACAUCCAGCACCUCUCCUUGUGCACAGCUGCCCGACACAUACUUUCCUCCUCCUGCUCCUUCCCAAGCCCUCAGAGCUUGCCCUGUGCUCCCUCACUGCUCUUUUGGCCUGUUGUGCCUUUAGAACUGCGACCUCUCCCUCCUUCUCUCUGUACCCCCAUCUUCCUCCUCCCUGGACCUCCCAGCCACUUAGCUCUUCAUUGUCUCUUUGUCCCCUUUCCCCAUGAGCUCCUUAU